GACACAUACUUCAAAGUGCAACUUUAUGCAUUUGCUGUUUGAAACAGUAGACAUUAUUAACGCAUGACAAAUACACUCAUUGAAUUAUCUAGGACGACAAAGUGCCUGUAAAUUUAAUGCGAGAGUUGUGUCAAGGGAAGAAGGAAUAUGUCACCAAACUGGACGAAGGAGUUUAAAAUUAUAUGUCAACGUUUGCUUUUCCGCUUAGUGGAAAUAUUGUCAAAUGUUUUGUUUUGGGUGGUGUACCAUGGCCCAGGAGAGAAGAUGCCCCCCAUUGAGAAUCUCUUGCUGCUUGAUACUGCAACCGCUAUUGCCCAUAAGAUCCGGACACAGAAAGUGACAAGUGUAGAAGUUUUAGAAACCUUUGUUGCUAGAAUAAAGGAAGUGAACCCUAUCUUGAACUGUGUUGUAGAUGAAAGAUUUAGCGAAGCAUUAGAAGAUGCGCGUAAAGUGGAUGAAUUCAUUCAGUCUGGAGUUAAAUCAUUACAAGAUAUUGAAAAAGAUACUCCUUUUCUUGGAGUACCUUUCUCUACUAAGGACUGUCUCCAAGUGACAGGUUUGUCUCAUACAGCUGGUCUGUACUGCAGGAGAAAUGUUAAGGCCCCACAAGAUGCUUAUGCUAUAGCACGCAUGAGGGAAGCAGGAGGAAUUCCUUUUGCUAUAACAAAUGUUUCUGAAGUUUGCAUGUGGUGGGAAAGCAAUAAUACAGUCUAUGGGCGCUCAAACAAUCCAUAUAACACAAACCACAUAGUUGGAGGCUCUUCAGGAGGGGAGGGUUGCUUAUUGGCUGCAGCUGGUUCACCCUUGGGCAUUGGUUCAGAUAUUGGUGGAUCCAUCCGCAUGCCUUGUUUUUUUAAUGGUAUAUUUGGUCACAAACCCUCCAAAGGGAUUGUCUCAAAUCAAGGUCAGCAUCCAUAUCCAUCUGAGGAACAGGAGGGCUUCUUGGGGGUUGGUCCUAUGUGCAGAUUUGCUGUUGACCUUUUGCCAACCCUGAGAAUCAUUGCCGGCAAAAAUGCUGACAGACUCCAACUAGAUACAAAGGUUGAUAUCCAUAAGAUAAAAUUCUAUUACAUGGAGGAUGACGGAGGGUCAGCUGUUGUAAGUUCAGUACAUCCAGAGAUCAAGUUGGCUCUCCGUAAAGCAGUGCUUCAUUUGGACAAGGCAUAUGGUAUCAAAGCACAGAAGGUUCAGGUAAAGAAAAUGAAGAAUUCAGCUGCCAUUUGGUUUGCUAAAAUGAAGACAAAGGAUGGUCCAGCUUUUUCUGAACACCUUCUAGACUGUAAGGGCUCAGUCAAUGUGUACUGGGAGUUACUGAAGUGGUUCAUAGGUAUGUCCAAGCACACUUUUAUUGGUAUUACAACAGCGCUAGUUGAAAACUGGGGCAUUAAAUAUGGGUGUGAACACCACAGAUACCUAAUUGGCCAGUGCAGUCAGCUUUAUGAAGAAUUACAGGAUAUGCUGGGAAGUGAUGGUAUACUGCUGUAUCCAACACACCCAGUUCCAGCACCCUACCACAAUGAACCUCUAGUGAAACCGUUCAACUUCUCAUAUACUGGGAUCUUCAAUGUCCUGGGACUGCCUGCUACACAUUGUCCUUUAGGACUAAAUUCACAGGGCCUACCAAUUGGAAUACAGGCAGUUGCCUCACUAAAUCAGGAUCGCUUGACACUUGCAGUAGCACUUGAAAUGGAGAAGGCUUUUGGUGGCUGGGUACCACCAUCAAUAACAGUGUGAUAUUUGCAUUGUGCCUUGACAAGAAUAUGUUAUGGGAUAGUGUAGAAGAUGAAUAAAAGUUCAGUAUGAAACUACCAGAGAAGACCAAGAUACUUUGCAUUAUUUUCAUUGCUUUGAAGUGGGCAGAAGGGUUAUUUUAUAUGCUGUUAACUAUUUUACUGUAAAUCUGAUUAAUUUUAUGCAUAUCAGAAAAUUGGCAAGUUAUAUUAUUACAGUGUUAAUUAUUGUGAGUACAAGAUGCAGACCUAUUGAUGUGGCACUAGAAAGGUAUAUGUAUAUGCAUAUAUUUUUGCCAUUUUUAAAUUUAUGCCUUUGUGAAUGUUUCAUCAUGUACAUCAUUCUCGUGGUGAAGGGUGUUUAGCCAUAUCCAAUCCUUAAGCUUAAAGGACCAGUUAUUGUCAGCUAUCUUUUUUAUUCAUCAUAUUUACAGAUCCCCAGCAUGUCUGGGGGAUUUCCCUCUGUCUGUAACCUUUGAAUAUGCAUCUUCUUAACAUUAAGAAGGAUCUUUGGGAGGUCAGUUGUGAGGUCCAGAGGUGGAUGAAAGCUCAUAAUCAUGUCCAGUUAAACACUUGCCAGUAGACUCUGGUUUAUACUGUCACAUUGUGUUUAUUUAAGCUCCCUUCUGUUGCUUUCCAUUUAUUUCUCUGUAGGUUUUCCUACCCAAAGUGGCACAAAUCAUAAGUUAAUGAUAUAACUCAUUGAUUUAUCAUUCUGCAGUCACAUGUAAGAUUUGAGGUUCUUGUGGUGAUGAUUUGCGAUGGGCUGAUCACUCAUCCAAGCAAUCCUACCAAUGUCCAAAUAGAUCAAAUGAAUAAAUAAAAAACCUCGACACCUGGGGGUAUAAGAGGAUAAAGAUUAAGUAAGUAAAGUAAAGUGGUGAUGAUGUUCUUUCAGGUUGUAAUGCUGUAUAGACUCAUAUGUAGAUACCUUUUUGGAGAAAGUAUGAAGAUGGAGACAGUAUGUUUCUCCAGAAUGUUGGUAUCUGUGACUACAUGGUGUCACAACCUAGAACAACGUCAUCUUUUUCAAAUAAAUGUUUAUGCUACAUGAAGGUUGUCAAUUGUAAUCUCAAAAUUUCAUGUCAUUACCAUAUUUCACUUUUAACGCAUAAAUGAAUAUUUUAAUACAACAUUUUUAAGUAUGUUUUGUAGCCAUGUUAAAUUCUACAUGCCUAACUAGAAUGGCUCAUUUUGCUGUGAGAGGAAAGAAGCCAUUUUAUUGUUUUACAUUAUACACGUAAGUGUCCUUAAACAAAGUAACAACUUUUUUAUGAUCUAUCUCCAGAAAAUUGUGGGACCCUAUUGAUGGAAUUCAUUAGAAAGUGAAAGUGCAGUGACUUCCAGUAAUAUGGUGUUAAAAUAAUGAUGCAUAAUAUUAUCAUCAGAAUAUGUUUAAUUUUGUAAGUUCUUUUUUACUUCACAUGUUGCUUAUUUUCCAUUUUCACAUUUCCUUGUUGUUUGACACUGUAUGAGUAGUACCGCUUUAUUUAUUUUUUUGUUUUCUGCUUUGGUCACAACAUGUCAUCAGACUUCCAUUAAUGUUUUUCCUCGUGUGCAUUUAUUUAAGAUCCAUGGGUCCUUAUUCAUUUUGCUUAUACAAUGUGUGCUUUGCAUAAUACAUAAUUAUCUUUAUUUGAUAUUAAGCGUUUUGCAUGUUCCACAUAUCUUGCUUGAAAAUACCUCCUUGUUUGUCUGAUGGAUGUUUUCAACAUGCAACUCUGUAUUAUUGUAAAGUGAAUUUUGCAGAAGUAAAUGUUGUAUUUGAUAAAUAAAUAUCACAGAAAUUGAUCAGUACAACUGUAUGAAUGAAAUGAAAUUUGUAAACAUUUUUUGUGAGCAUUUAGCACACAUUAGUUUUGCCAGUUUGAUAACAGAAUUAAUUGGGUUUCUUUUGAAAUGUAUGUUCAUAUGUAUAAUAAUUAAUGCUGUAUUUAUAAUAUAUGAACUGUAUUAUCAUUCCUCUCAGUUUGCUACAGUGGUGCUUCAUUUUAUUUUACUGUUAAAACCAUUUAUAAUGUACUGUAUUAUCAUAUGUGUGUUCAAAUGUGGUCUUCUAGGUUUUGACACCAUGUUAUCAUGUCCAUGGUUUCCAGCAUUUCAAAGGAACAUACUUCCUGCAUCUCAUACUCUGGAGAUAGAGACUGUUUAUUUCUCUGAAACACUGGUAACCAGCAAACAUGAAAAUUUAAAAUCCCAUAUACAGGUUGCAUAUGUGAUACUAAUUUUCAAACUCAAGUGGGGAAUAGGCUCAAGUUAACGUGUUAUUUAAAUGAUGAAGGAACUACUUCAUGUAUGCUUUAGAUAGCACUGACCAUUGCGUCUCAAGACACAUGGCCAUUUGCUUGUUUUGAAUUGUAUCUACCCUUGCUUUACUUGUUACUUGUUUUAUAAAUUAUUUGUUAAACAGUUACAUGUAUACCAAGUUAAAAGAGCAGAAAAGAUAAUGGUUAUUGGUCUUUAAGCAGUUUUGGUCUGCCAAAAACUUGGCCACCGUACCUUCCAAACUUAUUCUAUAUAAACACAUUACUUUUUUAAUUAUUAAUUAAUUUAUUAUUCACUGCAUGUUUCCAAUUGAUUCUGCUUUUUUCUAUUUGGUGUACAUGUAAAUAUAAAUUAACCAUAAUAUUAGUUGUAUUUAAGUUGAACUUUGAGGCCUUUUAAAGUAAAGAAAUAUGCCAUUGCACCAAAAACGUAUAUGUGAUCUUAUGGGUAACGAGAAAUAUUACAAUAUAUAUAUAUAUAUGAAUGCUGCAUUGGUUCAUACUGAAUGCUUUUUUCGAUAAAUAUAUUUUUGCUAUGUAACUUUUCUGCCUGUCUACCUGAUGUGUGAGAAUACAUCUCACAUAGAAAUGUUGCUUUAUUUAACAAAUAUUUCAUACAUUAAUUAUAAAAUGAAACACAGCAACAUUAGAUAGAUAUAUUGACAAAUAAAUUUACAGGACUGAUGAAAAAGUGUGGCAGGGUGAUAGAGAUAAUUUACCAGGUAAACAUACCAAAGUAGCCUGGGCAUUCUGCACCCAGUCACUUGACUUGCAAAAAUUCAUUCAAAUGCCUUAUAUUAUAUGCUCUUAACAAAAAUAUUGGAAAAUUUUAGUAGAACAUCCCAAUAUCAAAUUUUAUGAAAAUCUGUUUAAAGUUUCACACACACAAGUCAUUCUGUGCAGACACACACACUGAAAGUAACAGGCACAUUUUUGCGAUAUUUUGUUGUGAAUAUGCCUAAAAAUUGCUAAUGCAGACUGACCUGGACAUUCAUACAGUAUGCAUUUUGAAUGCCUACGUCAUAUGAGAAAUAAUGCCAUGACCCACAUAAGUGUGUAGUCAGAGUCUGAGUCACUUAAUGUUAUGAAUAUUCUUCAAAAUAGAAGAAUGCAUAACACUAUGGGAUAUUAUUUCCUUUGCAGUGCAAUGUGCAUCCUACACAAUAAAAAAAACAAUGUCUCAAUUCCAGAAUACAAGUGUUUGUACCUUAAACUUAUUUUUUCCAUUGAUUCCAUUUUGUACUAAUUAGUCGUAUGUGGCAGGCAGCAUUUUGCCCAUUAACUUUUAUAUGGAGAGUCAGUUGUGAUCUGUCAGUCUCUUAGGACCAGCUGCACUGCUAUGGAAUUUCUCAUACUUUAAAACUUCAUGUUAAUUUUGGUGUUUGAAACAUAUAUAUCAAAAACAGUGGGCAUUGUGUUGCAAUGUAUCACUCAUUACAAACCUUCAAGAGUCAUUAGGAUUUCAUUAUUAUGUAGCAAAAUAUUUUAAAAUAAUGAUUUAAGAAGAAGGUUUGAGGCAGUGUUGGUUGUAUGUUUAAUAUAAGAUAAUGAACAUGUGGUUUCUGUUUAUCUAAGUAUGAUACAAAAUUAAUUAUAGUUGCUUCUUGGUGUACUACAUUUAAUCAAUAUUAUAGAGAAUUCUUACCUCAGAAGAUGGCUGUCUUCUGGGUUGUUGUGCCAUGUAGUCUGGUAGAAGUUUGCCGACUUCUCAGAGGUCCUUGCUGCCUCCAUCAUCAGGGCGAUGAGUCAAGGAUCUCUGAAAUGUCGGUAAACUUCUACCAGUCUACACGGCACAACAACCCAGAAGACAGCCAUCUUCAGACUCACUGCUGUGGAAACCUCGAAUCCCACAAUUCUUACCUCUGGUAACCAUCAGUUUCUUCUGACCAUAUUCCUAAUGUUUAUAGGAAUAACACUGGUAAAUACAAAUAAUAAGUAAUUAUGUUUGUGUGACAGCCAUCAGUUAAAGUUUUCAGCAUACAUUAAAUAUGAAUCUCAUGUAUUUUCAUGUGUUCUCAAAUAUAUUUGUUACCAUGUCA